ACAUAAUCGGCCUAAGAAAAAGCCCAUAAAACUAAUCUCCUAUUAUCUUUCUCCUCACAAAAAUUUCCCACUCGAUUUCGUUCACUCUCUCUCUCUCUCAAAGAGAAUUAGAAUUUAGAAGACGAAGUAUCAAGUAGAUCAAGCUGGUGUUUGAUACAAAUACGGUGUUUCUUGCCUGCCUUUUGCAGCUGGUCUCUGUCGGUUCUCAGUUUUGAAUAACCAAGAUCCAAGAUGGUUGUUCUUGCGGCUUCCAUCAUAAGCAAGUCUGGGAAAGUGCUUGUUUCGAGGCAGUUUGUGGAUAUGUCUCGUAUAAGAAUUGAAGGUCUUCUUGCAGCUUUUCCCAAGUUGGUAGGAACUGGAAAACAACACACAUAUGUUGAGACAGAAAAUGUGCGCUACGUUUACCAACCAAUUGAAGCUUUGUACUUGCUACUUGUGACAAACAAACAGAGCAACAUCCUUGAAGAUUUGGAGACUUUGAGGCUGCUAUCUAAGCUUGUACCUGAAUAUUCUUAUCCUUUAGAUGAAGAAGGUAUUUGCAGGACAGCUUUUGAGCUUAUCUUUGCUUUUGACGAAGUCAUCUCUCUUGGGCACAAGGAAAAUGUAACUGUUGCACAGGUUAAGCAGUACUGUGAGAUGGAGAGUCAUGAAGAAAAGUUGCACAAACUGGUAUUGCAGAGUAAGAUCAAUGAAACCAAGGAUGUUAUGAAGCGCAAAGCUAGUGAGAUUGACAAAAGCAAGAUUGAAAAGGGCAGAGGUGAUAAAGGAGGGUUUGGGUCAAUGUCUAUACAGUCAAUGGGCUCUGGAAGACUUGAGAGUAGCUUUAGUGAUAUGAGCAUAUCUGGUGGUGGUGGAGGUGGUUUUGGAAGUGGUUCUGGCUUUGGAUUGAGCACUGACUUUGAUUCCUUUUCUAGCAAGUCUAAAGGUCGUCCACCUUCUUCUGCCACUGCUCCUCCAAAAGGUCUUGGCAUGCAGCUUGGUAAAUCUCAAAAGACAAACCAGUUCUUGGAAUCCUUGAAAGCAGAAGGUGAAGUAAUUGUUGAGGAUGUGCAGCCAAAAGCAAGCCAUUCCAAAUCAUCUGCUCCACCACCUACUGAUCCCAUCACUUUGACUGUUGAGGAGAAAAUCAGCGUGACACUGAAACGAGAUGGGGGACUUAGUAACUUUGAUGUUCAAGGAACAUUGUCACUUCAAAUUCUUAACCAAGAAGAUGGGCAUAUCCAGGUUCAGAUUGAAACUGGUGGGAAUCCAGGCGUCCUUUUCAAGGCACACCCUAACAUGAACAAAGAAUUAUUUGCCAAUGAAAAUAUUCUAGGACUGAAGGACCCAAAUAGGCCUUUUCCCACAGGUCAGGGUGGUGAUGCAGCAGGUGUUGGUCUUUUGAAGUGGAGAAUGCAAAGUACAGAUGAGUCAAUGGUGCCACUGUCAAUCAACUGCUGGCCCUCUGUUUCUGGAAAUGAAACUUUUGUCAGCAUUGAAUAUGAAGCUUCGUCAAUGUUUGACCUACGAAAUGUUGUGAUCGUGGUACCUCUUCCAGCUCUUCGAGAGGCACCAAGUGUUAGGCAGAUUGAUGGGGAAUGGAGGUAUGACUCAAGGAAUUCCGUCUUGGAGUGGUCCAUACUUCUUAUUGAUGACUCAAACCGCAGUGGAUCAAUGGAGUUUGUUGUUCCCCCAGCAGAUUCAUCUGUAUUUUUCCCCAUAUCUGUGCAGUUCUUAGCUACUAACACAUUCAGUGACCUUAAGGUUGUAAGUGUCAUACCUCUGAAGGGUGGAGCCCCUCCCAAGCAUUCCCAAAGAACGCAGUUGAUCACAGAGAAUUACCAAGUGGUGUAACUGGUGCUUACAUGCUCUACUGGAUUCAAAUUCUGAAUCAGCAGUUGCCUUUCAUGUUAUUCCUUUUCUACUUCAAGUGAAAUAGCUAGACUUGCAAUAUCCACUUAUAUUAACCUGAUUUUUUCUCUAUUAGGAUAUCUGUUGGUAUACAUAAAUGCAAUUUUUCGGUAUUUGCAUA